AUGUUUAACUCGGUUAACCUGGGUAACUUCUGCUCGCCGUCGCGCAAAGAGAGGGGCGCUGAUUUCGGCGAAAGAGGGAGCUGCGCCUCCAAUCUCUAUCUGCCCAGCUGCACUUACUACGUGCCCGAGUUCUCUACCGUCUCUUCUUUCCUGCCCCAGGCCCCCUCUCGCCAAAUCUCCUACCCUUACUCCACCCAAGUGCCCCCAGUCCGGGAGGUCUCCUAUGGCCUGGAGACCUCGGGGAAAUGGCAUCACAGAAACAGCUACUCUUCCUGCUACGCUGCGGACGAGCUCAUGCACAGGGAAUGCCUCCCUCCUUCCACCGUGACCGAAAUCCUCAUGAAAAACGAAGGCUCCUACGGCAGCCAUCACCACCCCAGCGCCCCCCACCCGGGCCCCGGCUUCUAUUCGUCAGUCAACAAGAACAGCGUCCUGCCCCAAGCCUUCGACCGAUUCUUCGACAAUGCCUACUGUGGGAGCGACGGGCCGGCCGAGCCCCCAUGUGUAGGCAAGGGAGAAGGCAAGGGGGAACCCGAUCCCCCCCAGCCCGGGGUGCUAGCUCCCCGGCCCGAGUCCGGCGGAGACCCGGAGGACGAGGAGGAGAACACUAACCCCAGCUCAUCCGGCUCGUCCCAUUCAGCCAGCAAAGAGGCUAGCAAGGGAACCAGUUCCA